AAGCUUGGCUCAAACCCUGUGGCAAGGGGAGAGCAGCUAUGGCACAGUAUAAAGGGACUAUAAAGUCAUUCAACCUCGACAAGGGCUAUGGGUUCAUUGAGAACUCGGAGACCAAAGCCAUCUAUGGGAAGGAUGUGUUUGUCCUCAAGACUUCUCUUCAGGGACUUCAAGUACCAGUCAACGCAGGAGACGAGGUGAUGUUUCGCGUGAUUGACAGUGUCAAAGGGCCUCAGGCUGAGAACAUUGUCGUCCUCAAAAGUCUUACUGCCAACGGCAUGGGUGCAGGUGGCAUGGGUGGUGUGGGUGGCAUGGGUGGUGCGUGCAUGGGUGGCAUGAACCAGGUGCCCCAGGCAGGCUUCGUGUCUCCUGGAGGCUUCGGGCCGAGUGGCUUCACGCCAGCUCCACCUGCAUUUAGGCCACAAGGUCCACAGGGUCCACAGGCUCUACAGGCUCCAAGGCCGAGUCAACUGUCGGGUCAAAGCCCUUAUAGUGGUCAGGCUUCAUCUCAGUACGUGGGCAUAGUGAAGUCUUUCAAUACCCAGAAAGGAUGGGGCUUCAUCACGAGCGAGCAAAUCCUACAGUCUUUUGGCAAGGAUUUGUUCUUCAUGAAGUCUUCUCUUAGAGCACCUGUACAGGAAGGUCAGCAAGUGACCUUCACCGUUGUGCAUGAAGCAACUCGGGGUCCUCAGGCGCAGAACAUCAGCUUGGCUGGUGGAAUGGUGCCUCAAGCGGUUCCAACAUCUGCGUAUGGAGCACCCUUGCAAGUCGGGCCGGGCUUUGUGCAAAGCCCUAUGCAGAUGCAGUCCGAACAAUACUUCUUUGGAGCUAUUAAAGGAUACAAUCAAGAGAAAGGAUGGGGACACAUAACUUGCCAGGUGGCAAAGAUCCUGUUUGGCAAGGAAGUCUUCGUGAUGCGAUCAGCCUUAGGUGAUGCUGUAGUUGAAGCUGGCACUUUGGUGGGCUUCAAGGUGAAGCAAACUGAUAGGGGCCCUCAGGCCUAUGAAGUGAAGGCGUAUCCACCCCAAAGUUAUGGCUUUGAAGGGCAGCCAGGGAAGCGCUACGCUGGUUCAGUCAAGUUGUUCAAGGAAGAUAAAAAGUGGGGCUUUGUCACGAGCGACGAGAUCAAGAGCUUGUUUGAUGGCAAGGAUAUUUUCCUGCACAUGCAAGCGCUGAAUGAUGGCAGUGUUCUUCCAACUGCUGGAGAUGAAGCCCACUUUUCCAUCGAAAUCGGGGAGAAUGGCAAGCUCCAGGCACACGAAGUGGAUCUUAUACCGCAGCAGGUUGGGUUUCAACCAGUUCGCCAUCCGGUGCCUUCAAGAGCGGGUCCAUACUAGCGAGGAAAAAGAUUUGGCAUCGCUUGAGUUGAUACAGGUUAG